AUGCUUCUGCAUUUGGCCUUGCCCUUGCUGGUGCUACAUUUGUGGUUCCCCGUGUUGCUCCUGGCCAAGGCCUCGAACAGACCUUCCGAGAAGACCCAGUUCUUGCUCCACUACUGGCUAUGGUACUUGGCUCUCACCUAUAUUCAUUUUUACAUCCUGCUGUCGCUACUACCUCUCCAAGGCAUACUUGACUUGAUGUUCGCUGUUUUCAAAAUAUGGCUUUUCUACGGCCACGGCUGUGUGCUCCUUCUGAGCUACUAUCUUCCUCGCACAGCGUUUGCAACCACAGGCUGGGCUUCGGUUGUGGACAUGGAGGCCGGUUUGAUCGACCCGGUGGUACUGACGUUUAUCAUCCGCAACCCAGUGUGGCAGAAAACAGUAUACGUGUUGGAGAAAACAGGAUUGUUUGGCUUUGCCUCGGGCAUCUUCUCCUUCAGCCAUGAGCUCUGUCGGCUGGUUUCGUGGCCGAAAAGACCGCUGUGUCUACACUUGGGCGCCGAGUUUUUCUGCUACAUGGACUCUCCAAAAGAACUAGCACAGCGGUUGCAGAAUGUGGAGUUGUUCCUCUUUGGCUUGAAGGCGGCCGUUUCUCCAGCAACGUCUCCGGCAGCAAGAAGAGUCUCCUCGAGACACAAGCACCAUACGAGCUCCAGAGUUGACUACUCAGACUACGAAAGUGAUUCUUUUCUGCUGAGACAGAGUGAGCUCUAUACACCUGCCAGGUCAAACCCUCUCAGUCCCACGGCUCUCAGCCCGACAGCACUUAGUCCAAAGACUCUUAGCCCCGUGGGCGGCGACUCUGGCGUGUCCCCUCUUGUGAAGAAGACGCGAAGACGGCCUCCCAACGAUGGCAGAGUGGUUUCGGCAGAUCACGCCACCGGCAGAGUGAUAUCGGCCGAUAACACUGCCGAGCGCCGCCGGUUCAGAAGCAUCAGUGUGGGCAGCAUAGACGAGACUGCAUUGCCUUACCCAUUAGACGACCCUGCUCCACCUACAGAUCCAUUGAAUGUGCUUUCGAAACCCAGAGGGGAUUAA